AUCGCAAAAACCACCCAAGGCCAAGUCGCAUCGCAGCAGCCAGGCAGAUCGAUCAACACCUUAAAAUCGAGCGAGCUAAGAUGUGCCCAAUCAAGAGGGAGACGACGAGCGCCGAGUCCGGCUCGCCGUGCAGUAGCUCCACCUCCACCUCGUCGUCGUCGGAACACCACCAGACCGCGUGGGCGUCGCCGCCGAAGAAGCGGCCGGCGGGGCGCACCAAGUUCCGGGAGACGCGGCACCCGGUGUUCCGCGGCGUGCGGCGCCGGGGCCGCGCCGGGCGGUGGGUCUGCGAGGUGCGCGUGCCCGGGAGGCGCGGCUGCAGGCUCUGGCUCGGCACCUUCGACACCGCCGAGGCCGCGGCCCGCGCGCACGACGCCGCGAUGCUCGCCGUCGCCGCCGGCGCCGCGCGCCUCAACUUCGCGGACUCGGCGUGGCUGCUCGCCGUGCCGACGGCCUCGUACGCCAGCCUCGCCGACGUCCGCCGCGCCGUGGCGGAGGCCGUGGAGAGCUUCCUGCGCCGCCGCGAGGAGGAGGAGGGGGACGCGCUCUCGGCCGCGUCCUCGACGUCGCCCAACGACAAGGACGGCGACGAGUCCUCCUCGGCCACCACCACCGACGACGACUCGCCGUUCGAGCUGGACAUGUUCGGUGGCAUGAGCUGGGACCUGUACUACGCGAACUUGGCGCAGGCGAUGCUCGUGGAGCCACCGCCCAUUGUCCCCGCGUUAUGCGACGACGGCGUGGCUUCCGAAUUGCCGCUCUGGAGCUACUAGGCUAGGACUAGUGGUCGCUGUACUUUCGGUUUUUACCUUUUCUCGUUCUCGUCGUGUCCUGUGCCACAAUUUGGUAACUGCACAAAGGUUACUGCUGCUUCUAUUAACGAAACAGAGCAGAUUGGGAAAAAAACAGAGCAUGGCCGUUGACUUUGUAAUGGUAGCAAAAAGUCUUGAGCUUAUUAUUAUUAUAGUGUUGACUCUCAA